AUGAACCACAGUGUGAUCACAGAGUUUAUUCUUCAAGGCCUUUCUGAUGAUCCUGAACUUCAGGUUAUGAUAUUUAUGUUUUUAUUUAUCACAUAUAUACUAAGCGUCACUGGGAACCUGACCAUCAUCACCCUCACCCUCUUGGACUCUCAUCUCCAGACGCCUAUGUAUUUCUUUCUCCGAAACUUCUCCUUUUUAGAAAUCUCAUUCACGACUGUAUGCAUCCCUAGGUUUCUGGGGGCAAUUGUCACAAGGGAUAAGACUAUUUCCUAUAACAAUUGUGCAGCCCAACUAUUUUUCUUUAUUUUCAUGGGAGUGACUGAAUUUUACAUUCUGACUGCCAUGUCUUAUGAUCGUUACGUGGCUAUCUGCAAACCCCUUCACUAUACAACCAUUAUGAGCAGGAAACUUUGCACCUUCCUAGUGUUAUGUGCAUGGGUAGGUGGGUUUCUGACUGUUUUCCCACCCCUUAUGCUUCUCUUACAGCAGGAUUACUGUGCUUCCAAUGUCAUUGAUCACUUUGCAUGUGACUUUUUCCCUCUCUUGCAACUGUCUUGCUCAGAUACACGGUUCCUAGAAAUAAUUGGAUUUUACUUUGCUUUGGUUACACUGCUCUUCACUUUGGCAUUGGUGAUUUUAUCUUAUGUGUACAUUAUCAGAACUAUUUUGAGAUUUCCAUCUGCCAAUCAGAGGAAAAAGGCUUUCUCGACAUGUUCCUCUCACAUGAUUGUCAUUUCCAUUUCUUAUGGAAGCUGUAUAUUCAUGUAUGCUAACCCUUCUGCAAAAGACAGUGCAUCAUUGACAAAAGGAGUAGCUAUUCUUAAUACCUCUGUUGCUCCCAUGCUGAAUCCCUUCAUUUACACACUGAGAAACAAACAAGUGAAACAAGCCUUUAGAGAUGUGGUUAAUAAAGUGAUAUUUUCUACAAAAUAA